AUUGACAUUGAUCAGUUGAGAAUGAGUGCCGAGCUGGAGAUCCCGGACGACGACAUGCCGAGGAUGAUCGGGUUCCUCUCCUCCGUCCUCGAAAGAGUAGCGGAAUCCAACGACGGAUUGAGGUGGUCGGAGGCUCAAAAGACGUCCAUCUUCCACGGACUAACGCGGCCGGCCAUCUCCAUCCGGUGCUACAUGGAGAGAAUCUUCAAGUACGCCAAGUGCAGCCCCUCGUGCUUCGUGGUAGCCUACAUUUACUUGGAUCGGUUCGUGCACAAGCAGCCCGCGCUGCCCCUCAAUUCCUUCAACGUCCAUCGCCUCCUCAUCGCCAGUGUCUUGGUUUCUGCCAAGUUCAUGGACGACAUAUUUUACAAUAAUGCAUACUAUGCUAAAGUGGGAGGAAUAAGCAGGACAGAGAUGAACCUGCUUGAAGUAGACUUCUUGUUCGGGCUGGGGUUCCAAUUGAACGUCUCAACAAAAACGUAUCAUCACUACUGCUCUCAUCUCCAGAAGGAAAUGCUGCUUCACUUCCCUCCUCUUUCCACAAGUAGAAACAUCCGGUUUCACGUCGACGACCAAGGAUCAACUCAACACCAGUUAGCAGUUUAGUCUCGCGCCCGAGAGAGAGAGACAGAGACAGAGACAGCGACAGAGACAUUAUAGACAUAGAAGCAAACAAAUUUUACAUGAACUGAACAAUCAAUCCUGCAAAGCUGCUCCUAUUAAGGCUUCAUUGCUAAAAUGUACCUCAACAAUGAUAUCACUAUUUUCAUUUAUAACACAAUAUAAAUGAAAACAAUGAGAAAGCAAAGUCAAGUUA